AUGUUUGAGAACCCUCAAUGGAAGGCAGAGAAUCCCGAUCGUUGGGAAUCUUAUCAUCGAAAGUCGUCACAUUCAAUACACAUGGCUUUUAGUGCAAUAGCCUCCGGUGUUACGAUCCAAUCGAGAUACUCUAUUAAGCCUUUCGAUUGGCCUUCCGAAACGCCUACCGAAGACGAAAGCUUUCCUACGAUCAUAAGUGAAUUACGGAAGCAGUUUAACUAUCUCCGAUCGUACCCUCCAAAGAAGCGUAUAGCGGAUCUUCUGAAAGAGUUAUCGUGGGGGACUAUUGACUCUAUAUCGGAGGGGCUCACAGAAGGAACUCUACGGAACGUUUUUCUAUAUCUAGAUGGCAAUGCUGCAGCCUCUGUUCUAGAAAAUCAGUUGGCAGAUGAAAUUGGAUCUGGGCUAUCGACCCAGACUACGUGGUACCAAGGCUACCUACGCGUUCGUCUUCAGCAGCUUAUAAACAAUUUUCACGUCGCCCGGCGUUGGCAUGCCGAUAAGAUCUCUAUGGAGGAUUUAUGGAAGGCGGCGCAGAAGGAACCUCAUAAUGGCUCGUUUGUUUCAAUGGAAGACGAGGAAAUAUUUUCACAGGACUCAACUUGGGAAGUUGCAACCGCUGUUCGACCAAGAAACGCGAGGCUGGGAGCCUCCGAUUGA